AUGAGGACCGACGUGCCGAUGGCUAUUGUGCCUUGUUUGCUGCGGCUUUUCCCGCGGCACCGCUGGACCGGGGCCGACGUGGUCACCCGGGACUGCGCCUUGGCCGCCCUCCUUCACAGCUUGUUGAUGGAUGCCGUGCCACUCUGGGCGGACGGAGUGGACCCUGCGGCGAUAGAGAAUGGAACGGCCCGGCUUCCUGCAGACGACAGCGACGACGAAGGCGAGGGCGAGGGCGGGGGAGGUGCCGCUGCUGCUUUGGAGGACGAAUGCUUCGAUUCUGAUGCCAGCUCUCCGGAUUUGGAUUCGUCCGCCGCUGCGGACCACGCCUUGGUUGCGCAGGCUGCCGGCGCCAUGGCGUCGGACAACUCUGUCGACUGGGCCGCAUUCAACGCGAGGAUGCGCGGCAACGCGUCCAAUUGGGCGGCGCGCCAUCCCAGAGCAGCAUUGAUGAUCAUGUUCCGCUCCAUUAGCCUCACUUCCCAGGCGCUGCACGCAUUCCUUUUCAUGGCCGGGCAAGGGUGGGAAACGACAGCCGAUCUACAUGUCCACCAGGGUGUGGCCCCUCGGCCGUACCGCCUCGCUGAAGCUCACGAUCGCCGUGAUGAGCUGCGCUUGGCUGCCGGCGUGCUGCGGUCGCUGACUGACCCUAUAUACUGGCACAAACGCUUGCACCGCAGCGAGAAAACCUUCUACAACAGAUCCCUCGCAUUUCGACUCUUCUCGCGCCAGGUUGCGUCCGUGUUCAUCUACCUCGAGUUACCUCGGAGGGGGUUUCCGUUCGUUCUCUUCUCCAUGCUGUCCAAGUCGGAUCGGGUGGCCGCGGCGCGCAGGAUCUUGUCCAUGCCGCAGUGCUGCCGGGACGACUUCUCCCACGACGUGCUUUUUGCAUGGAGCACCCCUGAGCAGCUUGCCAGCGAUGAGGCCGUUGCUGUGCUCCAGUCAAUCGCGGAGGUAACCCGGACAGAAACCAGCGCCAUCGAGACUGGACACGCGUAUGUGUUGCGCCAGAGUUCCACCAGAGGCUUGCACUGCAAGGCUGAGGACUUCAUCCACGCUUCGGCGGCGUUCACGUUGUGCAAGGCCAGGACGUUCGAGAUGAAACCAGGCCUCCAGUCUGCCGCCAAGCGCCCUGCCAAGCUUGGCCGCCGCAGUCGCCGAGGCGGGGCGAAGGGCCCAGAGGUUGUCAAGAGAAGGCGAAAGCUCGUGCGGGGGCAGGAGCCGCAACGCGGGCGCGGCGGCGGCAUGUGGAAAACCUUUGUUCACGAGGCAACGUGCGACGGGAAGAGGAAGGGACAUUUUGGCGGAAGUGUCUUCGCCGGCUUGUCCUUGGCCUACCACGCCCUCUCCCCAGAGGAAAAGCAGGCUUUGCAGGUGCGGGGCGACGCUUUCUGCGAGGAGCACGCUUUGACGCCUAGCGGGAACGUGUACGCCCGCGCUGCGCCUGCCGCUGCCAGCGUCCGCCAAGCCCUUGAGUUCUUGGAGGCCCGCGGCGCUGCCGCUGCGGCGGCGCCGGCUGCGGGGGCCCACGAGGCUCCCGGCGCUGGCGCCGUGGUUCCAGCCGGGGGGCACGUCGCGGGCAACGGGGCCCUCGCGUUCUUCGCACCGCCGCCAUGGCGCAAGGUGCUCGCCAAGUUAACAGGCCAGGCCCGUCAGGCUUCCCGGAGAAUGCGCGCCGCGCGCGCAGACCAACUGGAAGCUUUGCAAGAGUGGGCUAAGCAACAAGUCUCAGAGUUUCCCGUGCAUGGCCAACUACCUGCUCAGCGCCCCCUCCCUUUGCGGCCGCUGCCAGCCGCAACGCCACUCUUCGAGUUCAACGCACCGGCCAUCCCGUUGGCGAAGGCGGUUCUCAGCGAGGCGGGCCAGCCUGGAAAUCGCAGCGGUAACCCAAACAAAGACAAGUACCACAAAACCCUCGGCGACCAGUGGGCUCGACAGCAUUUGAUGUACCGCCACAGGGACUGCACGCCGUUGGGCCGCGUUCCCAGCAGCCGUUUGACAUUGUCAUUGUGUCGCCACGCUGGCAGGUGCCUUUGCGGGGAAACUGAUUUCUCAGAGCGCUUCGUGGCCGCUUUGGUGGAGGAGCUUCGGCCUUUCUUCGCCAAGGGCCACGCUUUGAAGAAGUUGCUCGAAAACGCAGAGGGCGUGGUGCAGCGUCGGCGGAUUUCUUGCCGCGGGCUGGCCGACGGCUGGUUCCACCUCGCCUUCGUGAACCAGAAGUCUUGGGCCAUCGGCACGCUCCGCUUGGAGGAGGACGACAGGCCAGAGAUCCGGGCCGUCGCCGAGGCUUUGGGCCACGUGGCGCUUGUCGCUUGCAAGGACUUGGCGUCCGACACCGAGUGGGAUGACCCCGAGCUCGACUUGGACGACCCCGCCGUCUGGGAUUUCCUCGGCGUCGCCAGCGCCUAUUGCGCAUUCAGAUCUUACGAUUUCAAGAAGCGAUAUUCCUUCUCUCUGCACCACAUAGUGAGUUCGGAGGCCCGCCAGGUUGGCAAUUUUCGCCCGGCGGACGUGGAGGUUCGCCGCCUGACGCAGGCCUUGGCCCAGCCGCAGAUCCUGAAGGCCAUGCGCCGCCACCUCUCCACGACGAUGCUGGCCCUGCCGGGGGCCAAGCAGUCGUGGGCGCGGGCGGAGACGAAGAUGCCCCAGAGGCGGCCGCCCCAGCUCUGGCAGUUCCACCAGUUCCAGCCGCGGCUGCACCCCGUGGCAAGCGUGGCGCUCGGCAUCCACAUCGCAGCCGAGAGCGUGGGGAUGGCCGAUAUGAAAACAGCGAGCUACGAGUUCCUCCGUGCAACCCAAUACUCGGACAAGGUCAUGGGCUGCUACUGGAAUACCAUGGGCGAUAUGGCUUCGUCCCGCCCAUGUCGCCGCCACCCCAAUGCGCAUUCUUGCAGCCUGCCGCCGCCGCUCCACGUGGACAUGUUCGUGUGUUGCACACCCUGCCAGCCUUUCACGCGGGUCAGGUCGACCAGUCGAUGCACGGACCAUAAUUUGUUCGGCUCGACUUUCGCCGAGGACGACUCGGUGCUGGCAGUGGCCCGGGCGAUCUUGCCGAAGUGCUUAAUUCUGGAACAGGUUGAAGGUUUCCACUCGCAGUUCCAAGACCUGGCCCGCACGCCCCUGCAGAAUUUUCUCGGCGAGAUGCUGAAUGUGAAGCGGCGCUGUGGCACCACCCAUUUCAGCGGCCACUGCGUGUUGAGGUUGAACAGCAAACCGUGGAUCACGUGCAGCCGCCCCCGGUUGUACGUCGUCCUGGCAGUCGAGGAGCUGGGGGGACAGCGAGCUUGCGACGCCAUCUCAUCGAGGGUGCAGGGCCUCGUCGCCGACAGACAAAACGCGCCGCCGACGUGUGUCAUGUCGAUCCUCGAGGUCGACGCGGAGCGGCGCCGCCCGCAGGCCGCCCCGGCUGGUCCAGACGCGGCGCCGGACGACCCGAAGUGGAAGAAGAGAAGCAUGGAUGUCCGCAGUGGCAUCGGCAUGCCCCUCGACGCGGCGCCGUGGACAUCAACGCACAGAUUGGCGGGAGUGUCUCGGGCGCCCCGGCACCUCGAUGUCAUUGACGUGGCGUGGUGGACCCACAUGAAGUGCACGGGCGGCCGCAGCGAUGGCCAGUGCGCCCCUGGCCUUUUUGUUGAUUAUUCUCAGAACGUAGACCGCAAGCCCUGGACCAGCGACAUCGCGACCUUCUUGCAGAACUCCACGAUCUACAGCUUCAAACUGGAUGCCAAGUUGACCGAGCAGGACAAGGCGAAAAUCAUGGGCUUCCCGGAUGCGGUCGCCGGCAGCUUGGUGAAUGCUGUUUCGGCGUCCGCGGCGAGCAGCUUGAUCGGAGAAGGCGUCCACUUCGCAUGCGUGGGCGCCGUGAUAAUGGCCGCCUUUGUGAGCGAAGAGGCGGAGUGGUGGAUCGGCCCACGAUGCCUGCAGCCGGCUUUGAAACGUGCGCGGGCGGCGUAG